AUGGGAAAUAAAAUUGAAAAAAAUCGUCUUGAUCAAACUGUUAUUGACAAAUUAAUCGAUGACACAGGCUUAGAACGUGAAGUUAUUAUUGCAUGGAGAAAACAAUUUCUACUGGCUUGCCCAUCAGGCAAAAUGAAUCGAAAAAAAUUUUUUAAAUUCUAUCGUACAUUACGUGUUGAAUCAGAUGAAAAAGUUAAGGAAAUAGCCAAUUUUGUUUUUACAGCAUUUGAUCGAGAUUCAAAUGGAAAAAUUGAUUUUAAUGAAUUUCUUUGUGGUUAUGCUAUAACUUCAUUAGGUACAAUGCGUCAAAAACUUGAUUAUGUAUUUGCACUUUAUGAUAAAGAUAAAAACAAUUCAAUUGAUCGAAAAGAAAUGAUAAGAGUUAUAUCGGCUAUGUAUGAUUUAUUAGGAAAAUCUAAAAAAGAUUAUCCACCUGAACGUUGUGUUGAAGAUGUUUUUUCAUUAAUUGAUGUUAAUAAUGAUCAUUCAUUAACUAAAGAUGAAUUUAUCGAUGGUGUUUUAAAAAAUCCUUAUCUUUCCGAUAUCAUAUCACCAUUUAAUGAAUAA